ACUGACAAGAAAAAGUUUUUAUUUCCUGGUUCAACUUUUUUUUUUUUUCCUCUGGAAUAUAAACUGAAGAAUGGGAAUAAACACGAAUAAAUAACAAAGCGAGGCCGCGCACGCCGGGAUGCGCCUGGCUGCAGCCGGCAAGGCUAUUGUCUCCCCGCCCUGAAGCCAGCCCAGGCAUCCUCCUCCGUUCGUUCCCCUUCCUGGUCCCUUUUCCUUUUCCUUUUGAGAAAGACGCCCCCUCCAGCCCCCUCGCCGGUGACCUUGGCCGCCUUGGAUGCUGUGAGUCCGCGCGGCAUCCUCUCCAAGGGCCCCCCGCGCCGCCGGGCCCAUGGCCGCGUCCGAGGACGGGAGCGGCUGCCUCGUGUCGCGGGGCCGCUCGCAGAGUGACCCCAGCGUCCUCAGCGACUCCUCUGCCACCUCCGCGGACGCCGGGGACAACCCAGAUGAGAUGGCUCAAACUCCCCCAGCACGCUCUGAGCACCUGGUCUCAGGGAUCCGAACUCCCCCCGUGAGGAGGAACAGCAAACUGGCCACCUUGGGCAGGAUCUUCAAACCCUGGAAGUGGAGGAAAAAGAAAAAUGAGAAACUGAAGCAGACCACAUCAGCACUGGAAAAGAAGAUGGCCGGCAGGCAAGGGCGCGAGGAGCUCAUCAAGCAGGGGCUGCUGGAGAUGAUGGAGCAGGAUUCUGAAAGCAAAACCUGCAGCUCCGAUGGAGGCCCUCGACCCACGCAAAGUGAGCCGUCUACUGUUGAGCAGGAGACGCCGACCUCAGACGAUGUCCAGCCGGGAAGCCCCUUGGCCACCGGGACGGAUCAGGCUUCCCUGGAUGAGCUGGUGUCCUCAGACACUCAGCUGGAUGACACAGCCAAGAUGCCGUCUGCAUCCAGUGGGGAAGAAGCUGACGCUGGCAGCCGCCUGCCCGUCACUGACGAGCUCUCUGAAGCCUUAGCCGGGUCGGACUCCCUGGAUGACCCCCCCAGGCCCCUGGAGAGACCUGCGGGCCAGCUCCCCAGCCCUCCUCUGCUGCCCACCCCUCCACCCAAGGCCAGCUGCAAAGCCACAAAAAAUGUCCCAGGCCAAGCCGUGCUCUUCCAAGGCUCCAGCAUGAAGACUACUGACCCGGCCCUCCGAGGACAGCUUGCCACCCCCACAGGGUCCCCACAUCUCACCACUGUCCACCGGCCGCUGCCCCCCAGCCGUGUGAUUGAGGAGCUACACAGGGCACUGGCCACAAAACACCGUCAGGACAGCUUUCCAGGCCGGGAGAGCAGAGGGUCUCCAAAGAAGCGGAUAGAUGUGCGGCUGUCCAGGACGUCCAGCAUGGAGCGAGGAAAGGAGCGGGAGGAGGCCUGGAGCUUCGACGGGGCCUCGGAGCACAAGUGGACUGGCACCAAGGACUCCGAGGAGAACAAAGAGAACCUGAUCCUGAGCUCUGAGCUCGAGGACAAUCUGCUCCUGUAUCAGGAUGAGGAGGUGCUCAACGACUCCGUCAUCUCUGGGACGCUGCCCAGGAAAUGCAAGAAGGAGCUGCUGGCCGUGAAGCUGAGGAACAGGCCAAGCAAGCAGGAGCUGGAGGAUCGGAACAUCUUCCCCAGGAGGACGGACGAGGAGCGGCAGGAGAUCCGGCAACAGAUUGAAAUGAAGCUCUCUAAAAGGCUGAGCCAGAGACCUGCCGUGGAGGAGCUGGAGAGACGAAAUAUCCUGAAACAACGGAAUGAUCAAACAGAGCAGGAAGAAAGAAGAGAAAUCAAGCAAAGAUUAACAAGAAAGCUCAAUCAGAGGCCCACUGUUGAUGAACUGAGAGACAGGAAGAUCCUCAUACGCUUCAGUGACUACGUGGAGGUAGCAAAAGCCCAGGACUAUGACAGGCGGGCAGACAAGCCCUGGACCAGACUGUCGGCAGCAGAUAAGGCAGCAAUUCGUAAAGAAUUAAAUGAAUAUAAAAGCAACGAAAUGGAGGUACAUGCAUCAAGCAAGCAUUUGACAAGAUUCCACAGGCCAUAGAGAUUUUCUUCUGAGAAGAAUUUGUGUUUAAUUUUUGAUACCAACAUUGAACAUUCAUCAGGGAACUUUCCUGAAGACUAACUGCUGUGAUUGUGAGACGAGCAGAGUCCCACUCACAGGUGCAAUCUUGGCCACACUUCCCUACAAGAGGAGUAACCCAGAGGACACGCUUCCUUCUUUGGUGUCUGAUGAUCAUAAGCUGUGGGGUCAGCGGAGGCUCAGAGCAACUCUCCAGAGGAAAGGGCUGCCGGCCUUUCCCUUGUUGCCAGUUCUGCAGUGUAACGGAGGCGAGCAAUGGGCAUGUGCUGGCUCACCACUCCCAGGCCUCUGACACGAGAGACAUGUGACCCAGUGUCAUUCAGUAUUUUGUUGAAAAGACAUUUUUAUUCUGAUCAUGAUUAAUUUGAAGACUCUUAAGUUCAUGUUAUAUAAAGUCAUUUACUGUAUAAUACUUCCUCUUUUUUUAUAUAAUGUCUAACAAAAAUAUAGCACCAACAUUUUGAUUCCUGUUAAUUUUGAUCUUUAAUUAAAUGACUACUUACUGCAGGAAAUUAACCAAGGCUUUACAUUUUCUUGGGGCUGGGAUGAGCUCUAUCUUAGAACCAGGAUCUGUGAAACAAGGCAAUUCUUUGUACUUCUGAGCCAUCAGAAUCUAAACAGGUGAAAGAAAAUGCCAACUUGUUGUGUGUUCUGUAUGUUCUGUCAAUAUAUAUGGUUUGUGCCUUGGAAAA